UCGUAUACAAAAUCUCCAAAGACGUAAGUAAAAAAAGUAGGCAGCUAUAGAAAACUCAUCAGAAACGCGAGCGAACAUGGGAUUCUAGCGUUUUCUAUAGUCGCCUAACCAUCUUCUUCUGACCCUUAGAAGCUGCAAUCUGCAUCACAACUCAGGAGCCAUCUUUGAAAGCAAAACAUAUAACUUGUUGAAUGGAGUGCAACCGAGACGAGGCCUUAAGGGCCAAAGAAAUCGCAGAGAGCAAGUUCAAAAUGAGAGACUUUGCAGGAGCCAAGAAAUUCGCCUUGAAAGCUCAAUCUCUCUUCCCAGAGAUGGAAGGCCUUUCUCAGAUGCUAUCCACUUUCCAUGUCUUCAUCGCUGCUGAGACCAAAGUGAACGGGGAAGUCGACUGGUACGGGAUACUCGACGCCAAUCCGCGUGAUGACAACGAGACGCUGAAGAAAAAGUACAGGAAGCUCGCUCUUAUGCUUCACCCCGACAAAAACAGCUCUCUUGGAGCCGAUGGAGCUUUCAAGCAUGUCUCCGAAGCUUGGAAGUUCUUGUCUGAUAAGGAGAAGAGAGCGGCUUAUGAUCGUAAGAAGAGUUUGUACACUAUGUAUAACAAGGUUUCAGUCUCUUCUUCUAACAGCGGCUUCUGCAAUUUCGCCAACGCUAGUUUUGCUUCAAACGUUAGGCCGCCGCAGCCGCAGCCGCCGCCGCCGCCGCCAACGCAGAAGAAGAACAAUCCUCCACCCACCCAAAAGAGCAAUCCUCAGAAGCCAGCACAGAAAACAGGACAGAGUGAUCAUCAUCAUACAACUGCAGCUGAUACUUUCUGGACAGUCUGUAGGAGAUGCAUGACGCAGUACGAGUAUCUUAGGACAUAUGCCAACUGUAACCUUCUCUGUCCUAACUGUCUACAGUCGUUUUCAGCGGUACAAGUCCCUAAACCGGGUAUGUUAAGCCACUGGAGCCGUCUCAACAGUGCAAAGCCAAAGUCAGCUGAUGCUGCUAUUCCAGGUGUAUUCAACAACUCCAAGUGGGCAUUCUCAAGAACCAGCAGUGCAGCUCAUGCUGCGUGUAUGGUUCAAAAGGUUUAUGAGAAGGUGAAGAAAGAUCGUGAGGAGGCAGAAGCAACUGAUAAAAGAGGAAGGAAGAAUGCCAAAAGGAAGUGCACUACUACUGAUUCGUCUCUUAAAAAAAGGAAGGUAAUAGGAGAAACCGAGACAGGUGUCUCCGGUGGAAGAAAGGUCGUUUACUAUGCGGUUGCUGGUGAAAACGGAAGGAACAUGGGAAAGUUACAUGUAACGAGAGAGAGAGCAUCUCCCAGACUCAAGAAAAAGAUUAGCAAGGAGGCUGUAACAAGGGAGGUCAAGUCGCGUUAGCGUUCUGAAUCAAUUGAGGUAGAUUUUUUUGAGUUAUCAAGGCAUAACUGUGUGGUUGAUGUGUCUACUAUAUAUCAGCUUCAGGCCAUCACUCCUAGGAUACAUAUAUAUUUUGUAAUGCGGGUCAUUUGGUAAUCUCUUGGUUCUAACAUUGUAGAGAACAAGAUGGAUCUUUUUUUCUGGGGGGUAGAUGAUUGCAAACUACUUCAACAUUUUUAACAGACUCAGUGUUGUGUCAAGUUGUGUUUGUAGCAAACAAUCAUCACUUGUUCUUAUGGUCUUUUUUCAUCUCA